GUGAACGACUCGAAGUCAGUCGCGUCGUAGCCUCGUUAUGUCGAGCAUCUCGCUGCCUCGUACAAGUAUUUUUUCGAUUUGAAAGUGUUGCUGCGCGUAUCGGGAGUGAUAUAUCGGAUCGAAUUAACAUACGAUGAGCGUUGAGUGUUGAUAAACAUGCGUCACGAUCGGGAUUAAUUUUUUUCGAGCGAUGCGUAUAUCGCCGCGAAGUUGUCCCGCUUUCCCUCCUUUUCCGUUGGUAUUUAUGUAUCGAAACGCGUCGUGUGUUCAACGGAUAUCGGGAGUGCGUAAUUCGCGUUCACUUAAAAUACGUUAUAUGGGUACGCGAUACAAAUAUCGGUAGUGCUGUACAAAGUGACAGGCGAUUGCUGCGUACCGUGUUAAUUAAUCCGCGCGAUCAUUAGUCGGCGUUUUCCGUCGACGAGAAGAUGGCGGCCGAUGGAUUUUUUGGUAUCUUUCGUCUAAUGCAGUGGCCUCUCCCGUCCGGCGAACUUUAUGAAAACUCCGAUAGUCGACAUCGAGGCGGCGCCAAGGUCACGAGGGAGGAGCUGAGGUCAUCGCGGCAUCUAUGUUGUGCGGCGAACUCCUGAACGGUGGCUUCGUCAGUGCCGGAGCGGUACCGGUGGUUCCCUACAGUCUCCCAGGAGUCUGGUUACCCGGUUGCCUGCGUGCUACCAGUCCACGUCUAUUGACCUCACCUUAUCUGACCCUGCUGGCCGAGCUUCUGGCCGCGGGCCGCCUCGAGCUGCGAGACGAUUUUCUGGAGUUGAUGGAUCUGGCAAAGAGGAGCCAUCAGGCUCCGACCGGCAACAAUGGAGCACCCGAGCUCGAUCUUGAUCUUCACGCCGACGAUAUCGACGAGAUCUUCUUGGAAAACGGCCUUCUCUCCUUCGAAAAUCCCAAUUAUCAUCUGGAUCCAGCUCGGCUCGUGGACGAUGCAUUGAACAGCAACGGAAAUGGCAGCUCUCUGUAUGAUGAAUUGUAUCAGGAAUUGGUCGGCAGCGGGGGCAGAGGCGGCGAGGUGACCGGUGGCGGGGGAGGGGGUGGCGGAACGAGGGUGCAGGCACGCCGAACCUACGCCACGUUGGACCUGGGCAGCAUGGGGGUGGACGUCACCCAGGGUCCUCUCACGCAGGAUUCCGUGACGAACGACGCUUCCGAUAACACGGACAACCAUAACCUAGGGUACGGCUGCGAGGGUGUGACGGAGUCCGCUCUCGUCGACGACACCCUCAACGGGAAUCCCCGCUCGUCAUCCCCGUCGUCGUCGAGCGCGAUCCUGCCUCAUUCUCACACCCUACAGUCAGGAUCGAUCGACGCUACGGACACUUCCGGGUCGAGAAAUUAUUGCGAGAAACCUGACAACGAGACCGCAGAAAUGGGCGGUGUACCACACGUGGAGGGUGGCUUGAACAGCGAACUGUACGCGGUGCCGGUGAAACGGCGACAGCCAAAGGAUCAGAAGAACAAUGCUAUUCUGCAGAACAAUAGCCAGGAGAAACCGGAUGUGGAUAGUACCGAUUCCGAGGAUAAAGAUGAGAAUCUGCCGCCUGGCUGGCAGAAGCACGAGGAUGAGAAUGGACCUUAUUAUUGGCAUGUCAAAAGCGGCAAUAUACAGAGAGAACCGCCAGAGGCUCCGUUGCAUUCAAAAACGGAGGCGCGUCGAAGUCUAGUCAAGGAUAAUGAUAGCAUAAACAAUUUUCACACUUUGAGCGGUAUGGUGAACACGGUGACUCGCAGUAACACAAGCUCGGCCCUGGAUCAGGAAUUGGAAAACAAGAGGAAGAUGGAAUUGGCGCUCAAGCGAAGAAGCUAUCCCGCCAGAGCGGAUUCUGAGGGCAGAGACAAACCGAUCAGAUUUGCUGUGCGAUCCUUGGGUUGGACGGAAAUUGCGGAAGAGGAUCUGACACCCGAGAGAAGCAGCAAGGCCGUGAACAAGUGUAUCGUGGAUCUUUCACUUGGUAGAAACGAUCUGUUGGAUGUCGUUGGACGAUGGGGCGAUGGUAAAGAUUUAUUUAUGGACUUGGAUGAAGGGGCGCUCAAGCUGAUCGAUCCAGAGAACCUCACCGUACUAAACACGCAGCCUAUUCAUACGGUUAGGGUAUGGGGCGUAGGAAGAGAUCACUGUCGAGAAAGGGAUUUUGCUUAUGUGGCAAGAGACCGAUCUACCAGGAAACACAUGUGCCACGUGUUUCGUUGCGACAUACCGGCGCGCACGAUCGCGAAUACACUUCGUGACAUUUGUAAGAAAAUAAUGAUCGAGCGUUCGCAGCAUCAGAAUUUAGCGAAACCGGUAGAUAUCAAUGGUCGGACUAGUCUGGCUACGAGACCCACCAAUCUGCCCACUGAACAUCGGCGCUUUCACAGAAACGGUCAAGCACUAGUCACACAAUCUUUUCCAACGCCAAUGGAAGAACCGAAAAAAGUGCUACGAGCACAGUAUCUCGGAUCCAUGCAAGUCAAUCAGGCGACCGGCAUGGAGGUAUUGAACGAGGCGAUAGAACAUAUUGUGACAAACACGCCGAUUAAUCAAUGGCGAAAUGUCAAUGUCGCCGUAGCUCCUAGUAUGAUCUCUAUUCUUACGCCGAAUGACGACAAGCUUAUCACCGAGUGUCGAGUACGCUAUCUGUCAUUCCUUGGUAUCGGUCGUAAUGUGAAGCAAUGCGCUUUCAUCAUGCAUACCGCGCAGGACUUGUUCAUCGCACACGUUUUCAACUGCGAGCCCAGCAGUGGAGCUCUCUGCAAGACGAUUGAGGCCGCUUGCAAACUAAGGUAUCAGAAAUGCUUGGACGCACAUCCGCAAGGUUUCAGAAACGCCAGCAGUCUUAAUACUCCGAGCGGCAGAGGGUUAGGCGCGACUCUGAAGUCUCUUGUUGGUUCCUUGACUGGCCGUAGAAACAAGCAAGGCGAAUCCUGAGACGAGGCUCUCUCGCUGCAGGAACUCUGGCCAUUGCCUGCUGAGCGAGAGGUGAUACGACACAGGCAUCUCCAGUCGCCGUUGACCCUCAAAUAUUUCGGUGGCUCGCCGCCGAGUGCAUCUCUCAAGUCGCUGCUCUCACCCUCUCUGGACACCAGGCGUAUCCAACUUGCCCGCUGGGAGAGCAAUCCUUAAAGAAAUGCGAGAACAAAGCCUGAUGAGAAGCCAGGAGGCGGCUGUAGGGCAAACGGAUAUUCUCUUUACGACGUAACGACUGAAUUUCGCGAAAAAUUCCGCAGAGUACUAUACCAGUAUCACAGCUAUAGUGGACUAUGCUUACCUAUGUCGAUAUGAUGUUAUGUAUGUUAUGCAAUGUCUGAUGAAGGAGAGAAGAAUUCGUGGAUUUGUCGAGAAAUAGGAGCGAUAUCGGGUCGAGUCUGGAAAUCCUUAAGAAGCAGCAUGUUCUAGCUUGUGAGCAGUAUUCGCAGAAAAUCGAUAGAAAGAAAAAUUCGGAAGAAGAAAAUGAAGGAAUCGAAAGAGUAAAUUGUCUGUACAUACAAGAUGAUUAUGCGCUAAAUUUAAUCAACUCGUUUGCUCGAAUUUGACAGGGGAAAGAAGGAAUACGCCCAUAGGAUUUCAGAAGCGAAUCAAGUUAUGCGUUUCGGAAAAUGAGUGAGCUGCAGUUAACGUAGUAGUAAGCAUAAUAUCCGCGAAGGCAUUCGAGAAGAUUCGAGGAGAGCUAUAGAGAGCUUGCGUAUACAUAUAUAUAUAAAUAUAAAUAUAUAUAUAAAUAUAAUAUAUAACUCACGUGUGCGUGUAUUCUCGGGUGUACAGAUUAGAGAAGCGAGACGAGAGCGAUGACCGGGUCGCACGGGACACACGCGUAUAUGCGUGCGAAGAACGCACUUCCGCACAUACACCAGCACGCGCACCGCGACUGUAUCGGGUAUCCCGCGGAUGUACCGCCCUUUUUUCGAUGACGAGAUGCGCGAUAGGUCCCGGGAAACCCUGGUAAACAUACACACGCGCACGUUAACACGACGGCCGAUAGGGAGUUUAUUUUUUAUGGCGAAUUAGUAGGAGCUUUAAAAAAAAAGUAAAACUUGCAGCACCUCGGAGAUUAUGAAACCGAUACGACAAAUACUUAUACCGCGACCGUCCUUUAGACUUGAACCGGAGGGAGGGGGGAUGGGGGAGGGCAGCAAUUAGGCGAGAGAUCAGUGAUGCGUAACGUUAUCGAAAUCACACGUGAUCGUAGUCGAUCGUGUCACGCGCAAUAAUCGCGUGACAAACGCGAUUAUCCAACAUUCAAGAUGCGAAAUUAACGUGUCCGCAUGAUAAUAACUGUUCAAAACGAAAUAACAACGGUAUUAAUAAUUAUUAUUGAUAAUAAUUAUUCUUCUUGUAAGCGCGAACGGUAAAAUUAUUAUUAUCGCUAGAUGCAUCGUAGUACGACGUAUUGCAGCUGAAAAAUCGUAUGCAUAUCAGGCCAUUGCAAUUUUUCCGAUCAUUUUUCAGGGGAUAGACGCAUGCGAAAGAUGUAUGUUCAUACAAAAACAAUUGUUAAAAGGAGUCAGAUGUACGACUUAUGACACGUUCUACACACUAUUCCUACUUACAUAGGAACACGUACGUAGCCAAGCAUCUUGCAUUAGCGAUCGCUGCUGUUAGUAGAAUUUAGUAAACGAUUCAGGCACGUUUCUGUGGUAAUAUUUAAAUUCGAUCGCAUCGCACCGCGAAUCCACAGUAUACACUUACAAUUUACACGCGUGCGCACUGAUGACGAUUAUAUGAGCCUCGCCGUUGUUAUUGGUUCGAAGGUCGAAUACUAUGAUUAGACGGAAUGUGUGCUCUCUCUCUCUCUCUCUCUACUAAUUUAUCCUUAAUUAAUUUUAUAUUAAUUUUAAUCUAUCUUAUAUUUUAUAGUGAUCAAUGAACAAAGCUUACAAUAAUAUUUAAAAAUUUAAUAUAUAAUUAAUCAACCUUACUCUAUUUAUUCCAUAAAUCAUCUUCCUUUGAAAUAAAUCCAAGUGGUACUUAUUAAUGAUUAUAUUUAGAGAAAAGAAUAUAGGAUGUGCAAUCGAGUCAUUGAAAUCGCAUCGUUUCUAUUCCUUCCUAACCCUUUUCUAUUAAGAGAGCGCAAUUCUUGUCGUCCAGCGAGGACGGUCACGUCGUACGAGCCAUCGUCGUUGCGAUAGAUACAAAGUUGUGCGGGACCCAGAACGAAGAUAUUUCUAUGUAGCAUUUUAAGUAAAAGAAAAAAAAGUAAAUGCAGAGAAGCGGAAAGAAGGGGGAGGCGAGAUAUAAUAGAGCGUUGCGGGAGAGUAUGCGUGAAAGAGUGAGUAUGUAUGCUGCUGGUCGGAGAGGGCGAUAUUUAUUAUUAUGUAAAUAAUUUAUCGCGAGAUUUUUCUUUUGUUUCAUUUAUCACGAGAUAUACGCGCGAUAACAUCACGAUAGGCGCGCGAAUGAAUUCGAUUUCAUGUGCAUCAUAUAAUUUUGUGUUGAAUUGUACAGUGAGUUUUAAAAAAGAGAAAUCGCCAGGUCUGUAAAGCAUGAGAUUGAGCUCGAAAGAGCUUAGUGGGAGUUUGUUCUGCGAGAUUAAAAUUCCUCGUCUUCGUAAUCUAAGAUUUUGUUCAACUAUUCUUGCAAAUUCUGCGCUUUGAUGUAUUUUAUUUCUAGAAUUACGGAAUUGAUUGCCAAUUUCUCUGGAAAAUUAGAAAUAUAAUCUCGGAGAUAAAUUUUCAUCUAUCUCUUAAUUUGAGUUUUUUUUUUUUUUUUGGAGAAAGGACAGAAAAAAAGCGUGAGAGAGGAAUUAUAAAUGGUGUGGAUGUAAAUAUAAUAUUCACGUGUAGAGAGUAAGGCCGAAGCUAUGGAAUUCAACUGAUACACACAUUCACAUCAUCGCACCGCACUGCACACGUGUCGAUGCAUUAUCUCACUUUCUCAUACACACAUACACAUUCUGAAAUAUAUACACACACACACACACGCUCAUACAGAAGAGAGCAGAACAUAUACAUUUACACAAAUUGCGCAUAGCUUAACUGUCUCUUUAUAUAAGUGUUGAUACGUCGUCACGGGAGAAAUAAUCUUGCAUGAGGAGGUUGGAGAAGAAGGGUUCGGGUGGUAAAACAUGAGAGGAGCCACUUCAUUGACAUAGCAUAGCGAACCUUACUGUAUUUACCGUGACAUGUAAUACCCUUAACGAGAAAGAAAUGCGAAUCUACUGAUAGAAGAGUUGUUCUGCACAAAAACACGAUGCUUCGUUGAUAAUUACAGUGUCUCUCUCUCUCUCUCUCUCUCUCUCUCUCUCUCUCUCUCUCUCUCUCUCUCUUUCCCUCUCCCUUUUCUCUCUCUUCUCUCUCUCUCUUUCUCUUUCUCUCCCUCUUUUAUCCCUCCUUCUCUCUUUCCCUUCUCUCAUUUCUCUACUUAAAAAAAAAUAUAUCUAUCUUUAUAGUACUUAUUUUAUUAAUUAUUGUUUUCUGACUUGAAGAGAGUACUUUAUAUUCGACAACUUGUCAUUUUAUUACAGAUUGAUUACGGAUUACUUUGAUUAUUCACGCUCUAUCGCCGCUGAAAGCCUCAUUGUUAUUACAUUGUUGUCAUGAUUAUCAUCGUCGCGUUACUAUAGAAAACAAAUUUAAGGAGCCGCCAUUGUCGUAUUGUCAUACUAUAUAUUAUAUAUUGUUAUCACCGAUUUUGCAAAUGCGAGGGAGAGCGAUAGCGCGGAUAAGUUAGAUGAUGGCCGAUACAAUACUUUUAUAAGGAUCAAUCACCGAUUUGAAAUGAAAUGAAAGAAAUUCUUUACAAAACGGAAAUUUACACAAACCGUUCGAUGAUUGAUCCUUGUUGGCAAUUAUCAAUUUAAUAUACUAAUUUAUUCGUGACACUCUCCCCCGAACGAUACUCACCUGAGGUGUCGCGAGAAUCGAUCUUUGCGAGACAAUCUGGGUGAGAAGCGCUUUAUAAAAAUUAAGAAGAAGCAAAGAGAAAAAAGAAGCACACCCGUUCCGAGUGAUUCGUCGAGAUCGAGAUACGACGAAUCGCAUUAAGCGAAUAGAACGAACAGCGAGAUUUUAUCUUGACACAAACACAUUCACACACAUAUAUAGAAUUUUAUACGGUGGAAUCUCGCUGCGUUGAAAAUAAAAUAAGAAAAAAUAAGAGGCGAACAUAAAACGGAUGAAAACUGCGCAUUUUUUGUGUGCGAGAGAACAAACACUUUGUAUGUGCACCCGCCCCCAUUGUUCAUGCCCAUUUGUAUUGCGUAGUUAAACCGAAUCGAGUAAUUAUAAAACGGUUACGAGAUACUAUUAUAAGUAUAAAAAAAAAAAAAUAUAUAUAUAUAUAUAUAUAUGUAUACAUAAUGAUAUAUGUAUAUGUAUAUAUAAGUGCAAAACAGAAAUGAAAUUACUGUAACUACACCUGCCUCUUGUGAAUAAAUGCCUAUUUGUUUCUUUU